UAGUAGGCCACGAGGUAGCAGCUCCGGUAUAGGUGUACCUGCAGGUGUAGCGCGGCGACGGCUCGAGCCAAACUCUCUCUUAGUUUCUGCUGGCGCACCAGGCCUCUCGUUUUGCCGGAGUGCGCCGCUCCGUGAAAACCGAGCUCUCCGAGAUCGCCACGAAAGCGAUCCGCCCGGACAAUGAAAACACGGAAUCCACGGGGAACCGCGUGAAAACGAUCGUCGGACCGUUCGCCGCCGGCUGAUCUCCGACCGAAGGACAGCCCCGCGAUCUCCCGUGCCCCAUUGGCUCCGACAGCCGGAUCGGCGGCGGCUUGGUGAUCGGCGAUUUUAUAAAACCGUGAUCGUCGGAAUGGAACGGCACCGUUCCCGCGGCGCGUCCGUAGGACGGUAACGCGAUCGUUCCCGCGAAAGUGUCCGGAUCAUUGCGACCGAUGAACCUCACGAGUUUCGUAAGCCCAGCCGAUCGUCGGACCCGUGGACUCUUCUCUAAGCGAUGCGCCUGACGAUUGCCGAUCGCCCGAGUGUCUCGACCGUUUAGGAGAAAGCAGAAGUCAAACGCGGCUCGAACAGCCCGAAGACCGCCGCUUCGAGGUUCGUUCCUCGAAUUCGAGUUCCUCGUCUUCCGAGAUCCUUUCUCUCGUUGCUCGCCGCUUCGUGGAAAUCGACAGCGGUCGGAACCGCGACGAGGAAAAGGCGGAUUCGCCUUGUAGCGAACCUUGAAGAUGAAACGAUAGAGGAUCGUCGAGGAGCAAGGAGUCGCUCGCGUCGAAGGACGAGGAGAAAUCGAGGAAUCGGAUCGAGCGAGUCACGCCGCGGCGUCGAUCCGCCGUCGAUCCUCAGCUUUUGCACGCGCCUCGAGUGUUUCCGCCGCUUCGCAAUUGUUCCGUAUCGUCGAUGCCAGUGAAACGGACGGGAAGAUGAACGCACGCUGAUCCCUCGCGUGCUUCCGAGCUACUUCGAAACGGAACGACCGACACGUGCUUCAGCGAUCCUCGAGUUGCCGCCGCGCGGAUUAUGGAUUUUUGAAGGGAGGCACUCGUCUUGCCGGCUGAUCCACCAACCGUGAGAUGAUUGGCAAACUAACUUUGUGCUUUUGGAUACUCGGAUGGAUCAGCCUCUACGGAGAUCCCGCGGUGUCGCAGGAGUGGCCGACGCCUCUCGACGAGUCCGCGGACGAGAAGAACGACGCAGAAAUUUUCCGCGCGGUCGUUGAAUCGAUGAAACAGUGGACGUUGCACAGGAAACUCAGCCACAGGACGAAGAGGGAGGUGUCGAAGGUGUGCUACGAGGAUGUCGGCUGCUUCGAGGACACGGGGCCCUUCAGCUACUUGGAGAUGUUGCCAUCGCCGCCUAAGGACGUCGGCACUAGAUUCCUCGUGUACGGUAGCAGGAAAGCGAGAUCGAUCCCGAUGGAGGUUCCCGCCGACGACAUAAACGACAACGCGCACCGUGCCAUAGAUCCGGAUCUGCCGACCAAGGUGAUCGUCCACGGCUUCGGGUCCAGCUGCGAUCACGUCUGGGUCUACGAGAUGAGAUCCGCGCUGAUGACCGUGCACGAAUGCAACAUAGUUUGCGUCGACUGGGGUCCAGGAAGCGCAGUUCCUAACUACGUAAGAGCGGCAGCCAACACUCGGCUGGUCGGCCGGCAGCUGGCGAAGCUAAUCAGGAGCCUGAACGUGCCGCUGGAGAAGGUUCAUCUGAUCGGUUUCAGCCUGGGCGCGCACGUCGCCGGUUUCGCAGGCGCCGAAUUGGCCAACGUGUCCCGGAUAACAGGACUGGACCCCGCAGGACCCCUGUUCGAGUCGCAAGAUCCAAGGGCCCGCCUCGACGAGACGGACGCGAACUUCGUCGACGUGAUACACAGCAACGGCGAGCAGCUGCUGCUCGGCGGCUUGGGCUCCUGGCAGCCGAUGGGCGACGUGGACUUCUACCCGAACGGCGGAAGGAUGCAGACCGGCUGCUCCAAUCUGUUUUUGGGCGCUGUGUCCGACAUCAUUUGGUCUAGCGCAGUAGAGGGAAGGUCCCUGUGCAACCACCGGAGGGCGUACAAACUGUUCACCGACUCGGUCAGCCCGAAGUGUCGUUUCCCGGCGUUCCCCUGCGAGCGAGGGUACGACGGUCUGAUCAAAGGGGAGUGUUUCCCGUGCGGAAUGAACAACGGGGUAGGCAGACCCUGCGGCGACAUGGGCUACUACAGCGACGAGUCGCCGGCUAGGGGACAGCUCUACCUGGUCACCAGGGACGAGGAACCGUUCUGCGCUCAUCAGUACCAGGUGAGGGUCUACAACAGCCACAGCGAACGGCCGACCAGGACCUACGGGAAGCUACAGGUCACUCUGGUCGGCGACGGUUCCUUCAACGACAGCUUCGCCAUGACGCGCAAGGACGAGGAACUUCACGUGGGAUCCGUUCUACAGAAGAUCAUCGUGCCGCAUCCGGCGAUCUUGACCUUGGAGGCUAUAGAGAUCAAAUAUACCGCGUACAGCGGUUGGAUCUCGUCCGGCCUAGUCUCCUGGAACAUCGACAAGGUAGCCAUCAUCGACAGCUUCGGCAAGACGCUGUCCAUCUGCAGGAAGGGCUUGAACCUGGAGUCCGGCAAGUCCGUGUACCUGCCACUCUUCUCCGGCGAGUGCAACGUGCCGGCGGAAUCCGAGAACUCGACGGCGCCGGUCCUGGAGCGCCUCGUGCAAGAAAAACAAGGUGGCAUCGGUCCCUUCACGAAGGAUCAGAACUACGAAACGAAGGACACUUACCCGGCAGAAACGUUCCCAAACGAGAGAACGUCCGCGUCGUCCAAGAGCAUCGGGCCGUUCACCAAGGAGCAGAACCUCCGGAUAGCCGAGCGGAAGGAGAGCUUCAAGCCGAACAGCUUCGAGGAGCCCGCCAACCGGCGCGGAGCGUCGAAUCCCUGGAACAUCGCGGACAUCUCGGCCGACGGGGACUCGAACUCCCUGGAGAACUCGGACUCGGAGCGAGGCAGAGGCUUCUCUGGCAGCAACUUCUUCCAGAGAGCUCCGUCUGCCGAUUCUCCGACCGACUCCACCACGGAGUUCCUGCCGGAGAUCAGGGAGCCGGUGCUCCGAGUGAACAAGAAGGAGACGGGCAGGUCGCUGAAGCUCCCGGAGAUCACGGAGCCGAUCCUCCGGCCGCGAUCCGCGAGGCAGAACACUAGGAACGAGGUUCACCCUCGGGAGAAGCAGAAGGACGAGAUUCAGGAGACAUCAUCGACCACCAGGUCCUUCACCGUGCAGUUCUUACCUGAACGACUAGCUGGCAUCCUGGCGCAGGCUGAGAGGUACGCCAGGCAGACUCUGCUCCCUUUGAUCUCGCAGUACACGCCCAGCUUCGUGACCGGCUCGCGGUACGAGGAGCCUAAGUACUUCCCUCCUCUCGGAGACAUCGCCUCCGAGGAGAACAGGGAGCCAGAGUCGAGUAAUUAUCAAAGCGAAGACGUCGAGCCUGUCUCUGAAAGAGCUACCUCGUCCGAUUCCUUGGAUGACACUUCGGUAGAGGCUGCGGUGGUCGAGGCGGUGUAUCCGGAUAGAAUAAAGCCGAACGCGACGGACUCGGAGGCUAAGAGGGCUGACAGUGCGUCGGACAACCAAUGGGUGCCUAUAAGCUCCUCCGCGUCCCUGAACGCCGUGUCCCGGAGGGACUUCAACGUUUCCAGGGUGCUAAACUGGGAGCACGCGAACUACAGCUGGUCCGUGGAGACGGAGGACGGUUCGGAGAGCAGCUCAAACGACUGGGUGCCUAUUCUGGUGAACAGCGAGCUGCCCGAGGACUCGAGCAACGUCUCCAGCGAGCUGCCUCCGGUCUCAGUUGCGCCCAGGAAGACCGAAGUGCUAUUGGAGGUUGCGAGUUCGAACAAAUCGAGCGAAGCUGACUCGAAGGGAAAGCUGGAGAGUGAGAAGAAGUAUAUUCCGUUGGCUGAACCCGAAGCGGAGGAGUUCUCGAGUUCCGAGGAGAUCUCGCCGAGUUCCAAGGAGACGGAGUCCCGCUCGUACUCGAACAUCCAGAGGAUCCCUAGGGUGAAGGAGACCAGCGAGGUGAGGAGCUCCACGAGAAGGAGCAUGGUGUUCCCGUACGCGUACGAGAGGAAGAAGGACCCCAGGACCAGGUACAUACCUCUGAUACCGGAAGAGGACAUGGGCAGGCCUUGGCACAACAUCGAGAGGGAACGCUGAUGUGUUUCGUUGGAAUUUUUAAUCGGAGCGAUUGAUUUUAGCGAGCUCUGUUUGCUCGGGAAUUGGAGUCUGUCGGUUACAGAAUUCUUUGAUCUGGAUUUUAACCUGUUAACUGGAGAAGAUUAAUUCGUUCGUGUAGUUCGAUGUUCGGUACUUGAUUUCUUAUUUAUUUUAUUCCAUGUUUGCUGAUUCGCGUCCAGCUCGUUGCGACAGGAUCGUUGUUAUGUUGGAUUUGGGAAUUAAUGUGCAGUCCGACGUUCGAGGAAUCAGUUAACAGAUUAACGGAUCCGACAAUCGUGCAUAUUGAUAUUUAACACGUUGAAUGCCACGGGGUCACCGGUGACCCCCGAGCAAUUCGAAUUACUAUAGUUCACUCGAUUAAAUGAUUAUUCGCAAACAUUUUUAUAUUAUAAAUAAUGCUACCCAUUGCGGUGACAGUUUGAUAAACGUACGAUGAUAGUAAUCCAAUUCAGUCGAAUGAUUUGAUAUUGUGUGGCGUUCAACGUGUUAAUAUCGGUUUCUGUUUAAUUGUUACUUUGUUAUUCGAUCGAUCAACUUUUCCAAUUAACCGUGAAUGUCGAACGUUGCACCGUUCGAACGAAAAUUGCCAUCGGCGAGCGAAGUUGAAUGGCUUUAUGGAAGAAGGCUGUAAAGAUGUUUGGUAAAAAUUGGAGCCUUAACUUUAUUUUUGUAUAUAGGAAUUUUUUUACAAUAUAUAUAUACAUAUACAUAUAUAUCUAUAUAUAUAUGUAUAUAUAUAUAUAUACAUAUAUAUAUUUAUAAUAUAUAAUAUAAUAUAUAUAUAUAUAGCUUCGCUGAAAUCUUUUCUUCUUCUCAUUCGUUAUUUUAGUUCUUAGUUGUUAGAAUUGUUAUUAUCCUCAGUACCAUCGUCAUUAUCUGUACAACCUCGAUCGCGUUUUCUACCCAUCAUUCUUCCCUUAUUAAUUAUUUAUGUCGAACGGACGAUCGUAAGAGCGAAAUCCCGCUGUUCCUUUGUAUAUAGAACCGACCCGACCAUUGGAAAAUUGCUUGAAAAACGGUUUCUCCGGAGAUACAGUGUUUUGUAGCAUUUCGUUUCUCUCUCCUUUUUCUUCUCGCCGCCUCUCUCUUUUUUGUUUCUCUCGUACGCGCAAUAAAUAUGUACAGCUUAUUGUGUCCGCGAACGGGCCACGCGGACGAUAGUCCGAGAAAAGUAUAUUGGAAGAGACGAUUCAAGUGGAUUUCUAAAUGUGUACCUAUAAUUACCUGUUUUUUUUACUUAAAAUAAAUAACCCUCUUUUUAAGAAGAAAAAUGCGCCUCUCGGUCUUACAAGUCCGAUUUACUGUUUCCAUUUCUCACGCGACUUCGUCACACACUUUCACUCUCCUCUCGCUCGCUGUUCCACAGUUUCCCUUUUGUCCCUUUCUCUCUCUUUCUCUCUUACACACACACACUCGACGAUCGUUCCUCACCGGCAACAAAUUCUCCUCAGGAUAUGCCCAACUCCUGAUAUGUCCGCGACUAUUAAAAAUAAAACCCAUUCGCAGUCCUUGCUUCUAGGUUUCUUCAGGUACCGAUUGACGCGUCGAAACAGAACGCAUCAUUCUUUGCGUGGUCGACUCGAUGCAAAGGUAGCGGACGCAUCUCUGUCGAAUCGAUGCUCAAACUUCUCUCCUUAACCCUUUGCACUCGAGAGGCGCCUUCCAGUCAUUUCAUUUGACCCAAGAACAUUGUAACAUUAAAAAUUCAAUAUUAAAUUUUAUACAACGUCCGAACACAUGGAACAUCGAAAUAAAAUUUAUGCAAGGUAUUUAUGUUAAUUGUAAAAAAUAUCAUUCACAGUUCAUUAGAAAGUAAUGAAUGUUGAGAAAAAUAUUCUCGAGUGCAAAGGGUUAAUCUCCUCCCCAUGAGUCCUCGUUCCUGAUUCUUUUGAAAACGACGAAAGUUGCUACACCAACAGGCAAAUCGAAUGAACUUUCAGUUGUCCCGUACGGCAUAUGAAAGACUACAGUAGUAAGGAUUGAGCGUUCCGCGUGAGUUUCUUGAAAGACUUUGGAAAGAGUUCUAACGUUAGUGUCCCUGUUUGUGAACGCGAUCGCUAGACACCGAUCUCUGUUCACCGGUGAAUCCUCCGGAAAGAAUCGAAUCGAAAGCUCCGUACAGUUUCGUUCCUGUUCGUAUUAUCUUCAAUCGAAUGAAAUUAAUACAACAAACAUUCUGCUUUACGUUUGAUUCACGGCAAUCUAACGAUCGCUCGGAAUCCCCUUGGUGCAGCAAUCUCCAUUGCGGAUCGGUUUAAGUGAAAUCCGUUCGGGUGCUCGUACCGCUGCAUCAACUCGACUAGAGCGAAACGAAAGGUGAGAGAACACGUUGAAUUCUGGUCGACGGUGCAUUCCGUUAGGCAAGGAAGAAGGGACUGCGAACUAUCAAGGACUUACUACUUACAUACAUAUUUAACAAACACGCAGUCUUAUCAAGUAGAACCCGUGAACGAACUCUGACAAGUAAAAAGGUAUAGUGGCCUAUUAUUCUAGUAGAAAUUUGGUUCGACUCGUCCCGCAGCCGGGUCGACGAAACGAUCUCACGCUGACCCGCGAACUGCUACCUACCUAAAGCGUCCCCUCGACGUCGACUACUACGCUGAUACGGUAUUCCGUCAGCCGCGCGGCGACAACGACGAUUAGACCGCGGAAUCUUAUGCACUUGUAACCCGUCAAACUGAUCAAUAAACGGAUACAUUCGUUGGAUCCCUUCUAAUUCCGAAUACGCAUAAACUUCCACCGUCUAACGACAAAGUACACGAAACGAACUUUCCACCGGCUACGCUGCAGCAAUAUUGUAGACUUAAAUUGACUCGAGACGCUUGUUCGAUGGACAAAGAGACUAACGGAACCGAAAGGAAACUCAGGAUCAGGAAGACUUCGGACGCUCGCCUCUUCGGGAGUCGCUUCGAGAAUACCGUACCAGAGUAACACCGCGUAACUAAAGAGCGAUGUGUCCCCAUGCUGCGUCCAGCUCGUUCCUCCGGUCGUGCACCAACUUUCAGUGUCAUUUCGC